AACUCAGUCGAAAAUAUGAAGUCAUUGCUAUUACCACUCGUUGCCAAUUGUCUAUUCCUCUUCGGAAUCAGCUAUGCUUAUCAAGUGCCAGAGGCCACUAUUAGAGUCUACUCGCCACAAGGCUUUGAGGUCUCAAUACCCCAGGAUCCAGGCACUUCUCUAUUUGCCUUCCAUGGCAAAGUGAAUGCACCAAUGAACGAUUUGAGGGAUCAAACAUGGGCUGCAGAUGUUACUCAAGCUCGCAAUGGACGUUGGACUUAUAUUAAUCGAGAUGUUCGACUGAAUCCCGGUGAUGUACUAUAUUAUUGGACCACAGUUAGAUACCACGGUGUGGAUCAUCAUAACUACAAUAGACGUCAUAAUGUGGGUGGUGGCGACGUGCUACGCAUCGAUGUCCAAGGUCAAGGUGGCUCAAAUCAACCUAUUUAUGUUGGCGGACAACCGACAAUUAAUAUAUAUACCUAACUAAUUGUACUUUAGAAUGAUUAUCGCCAUUUGUUAUCUGUGAAAACGAAAGUUAGUGCAUCAAUGAGUGGAAGCAAACCAAAUUAUCAAUAAAAAUGUAA